AUGUCAUCUUCAAAGGAUACUGAUGAAGAAUCAAAUUUAGAUAGUGUCGAAGAUGGUGAUAAAGUAUCUUCUGAUCAAUUAAAAUUUUUAUUCGAUGACUAUAUCGGACGAUAUUCUCCUGAGAGUAGUGAUGAAAAUAUUGAUGCAUUAUCAAAACUUGAUUGGUCACAUUCGCUAAAUAAUUUACCAUAUUUAAUUCAUCGAAUUGUUUCAUUAGUUUAUGGUCGAUUGACUAAGCUUAUAGAGGAAGUUGUUUUAACUGAUGAUGUACUACCCAAUAAUAAAAUGGUUUGUAUGAAUGACUGUCUUGAUUUCAUCCAAAAAAUAUUUCACGAAGCGUUUAGAUCGCCUUCAGGCGAUGAUGAAGAGAAAGAUGACACAAAUGAUGACGGAGAUGAUGCUGACGAAUUAGAAACAUCUAUUCGAGAUCAAUUAUGUCGAGAAAUAUUUCUAUUAAAUGACUCGUUUUUUAAAUUAAUUCAGUCUAAUGGUUGGAAAAUAAUGAAAAACCAUGGACAAACUUACUAA